AUGAUUAUUGAUGAUCGUAUGGCUAUAUGUGGUAGUGCAAAUAUAAAUGAUCGUUCAUUAAUUGGUAAUCGUGAUAGUGAAUUUUGUAUUGUAAUAAAUGAUCUUGAAGAAGAAGAUGGUCGAUUUAAUAGACAACCAGUUCGUGUAGGAAAAUUUUGUUCUAGUUGGCGUAAAAAAAUUUUUAAGAUGCUAUUAGGUAUUCAAUUCGAGAAUCCAAAAAAUAUUGAUAUAACUGAUCCAGUAUCCGAUGAAUUUUAUUCUUAUUUUCAAAAUAUAGCCAAACAAAAUACAUCCAUUUAUGAAGAAGUUUUUGGUACAAUGCCAACUGAUCGUACUAGAACAUUUGCUCAAAUUAAUGCAUACAAUGGUAUGGCUAAAAUGAACGAUACUGAUCCGAUAAAAGCACAACAAAAAUUGAAAGGCAUUCAAGGUUUUGUUGUCGAAUAUCCAAUUUAUUUUCUUGAUAAAGAAAACUAUUUACCUAGCAUGACAUCCCGUGAAGGUAAGAAUCUUUUUUUUUGUUUCAUUAUUAAUUAUGACUUCGAACAAUCAUCAUCGGAUGAAUGCGCGGCUUUUUUUUUCAUAUACAGAGGAAGAGACAGAAAAAAUGUUUUUUCUUCUAACCGAUUACUAAAAUACUCUUGUUUUGCCAUAAAAUAAUAGCAUGUGACAUUUUCGAUAAUGUUCUGAUCAAGUCAACCAACCUAUGAAUUAUCUGUUAUUUCAUUUCUCUCUUUUUUUUUAGGCAUAGUUCCAUUGAUAACAUGGACUUAGAAUAUUUAUUUUUUUGUGAGUAAGACUUUGCAAAUUAACAAGAAAACAAGUAUUGGGAUGUUAUUUUUGUUUAAUCAAAAAUAAUUUAUUUUAUUUAUUAAUCGUUUAUUUUGUAUUCCGCGUUCUAUUUUCUAGAUUUUUUUUCUUGUAGCCUAAACGUUUUUAUCAAUGUUUUCAUCGUUGGGUUUUUUUUUUCGUUCAAUAUUUUUCAUCUACUUAUUUAACUAAUCAAAUAUUUUAUUAUUUGGGAGUAUUUUCAUUUUACAUAUAUAUAUACACUUAAAUAAAGUUUUCCUUUUCAUUCAAAAUGGUAACAAUCAGAAGUAUAAGCCGAUUUACAGAUUCAACACUAUACAAAAAUAGAUAUUUCAUUUUGAAAAAUUUUCGAUGCUCUAAAUCAGUAUUUAUAGAUGUUAUCGUCUUAUUUCUUAUUAAUACCACCUAUCCAAUCAUGAUGAUGGAAUAGUGUUUUUUUUUUUCAUUCUUACCUCUGAAAUAUUUCAACACAUUAAUGCU